UCGACAGACGACGGGCGAGGAAAUUAUGCGCAGCGCGUUGUUGUGUUGCACACGAUCCGGCAUCGCUACGUCAUCGUCAUCGUCAUCGAGCUAUCAAGCUAUCGACUAUUGCAUCGGCAGUCAUCAGCAUCAUCAUCAUCACCAUCAUCAUCCCCGCUAUCAUCAUCAUUAUCAUCAUCGUCACAAGUUCCAAAACGGCGACACCAACUGACGUUGCACCAGCAACAACAACAAUA